UAACACCCAUCUCUACCAAGAAAAAUCUGGAACAGAAGUUCUCACUUCCCUCUUUUUCUUUUUGGUCUCCGUUUCAUCAAACUAUAGAAUCUCAAUGGCGGUUAAACUUGAAGCUCUUUCUUCAUUCCUCUCUUAUCUGCUUAUUGGCAUCAGUCUUGUUGAAGCUAAUCUGAGGUGCUAUGACACUGGGAAUUUCACCGUUAAUAGUACAUAUGCCAAAAACCGAGACCUUAUUCUCUCUUCUCUCCUACCUAAUGUCUCUGCAAAAGGUGGUUUCCUUACUGAAAGUGUUGGCCAAAACUCCAGCAAAGUUUACGGUCUCGGUAUGUGCAGAGGAGACUCUACUCCUGAUGGUUGUUAUACAUGUCUCAAUUCUUCAAUCCACGACCUCAUAGCUAGCUGUCCCAACCAGAAAGUAGCCCUUUCAUGGGGAGGUGACCCCCCAUGUAUUGCACGCUAUUCAAAUCGUCCCUUCGUCGGAAUCCUCGAGCUAGAACCGACAGACGCAGGCUAUAAUACGGGCAAUAUACCAUCGAACUUAACAGAAUUCGAUACGGUCUGGGAGAGAUUGAUGGACAGUGUGGCGAGAAAGGCUUCCAACGGCUCUUCUGCUCUUAAGUAUGCAACCGGAGAAGCUUAUUUCGAUGUAUUCCUAAAGAUAUAUGCACUAAUGCAGUGCACUCCGGAUUUAUCGGACAAGGAUUGUGAUUCCUGCCUAAGGCAAUCCGUUGCUUAUUAUGAAAGCUGUUGCCAUGGAAAGCAGGGAGGUUAUGUUCAGAAGCCUAACUGUUGGUUUAGAUGGGAUUUGUAUACCUUUUAUUUAUCAAAUGCCUCUACUACUGCCUCAACUCUGUCUCCUCCACCCUCACCUGCAAGUCCUCCGCCGCUGCAGUCGGUGAACACGACACUCACAAAAAGGGAAAGAGGCCGUUCAUCUCAAACACUAGUCAUUAUAGUUGUUCCAAUUGUCAUUUUUGGAGCUGUGAUUGUCAUACUUGCAGCUGCUUUUCUCCUUAAGAGGAUCAAGAAAACCAAGCCGGAUGAUCAAAACAACAAGAACCAUGUGGAAUCUCUGCAAUUCAACUUUAAUGUUGUAAGAGUUGCAACCGAAAACUUCGCGGAUGCAAACUUGCUUGGACGAGGUGGAUUUGGUUCAGUUUAUAAGGGCAAGCUUGAAGAUGGGCGAAAAGUAGCUAUAAAGAGGCUGUCUGGAAAUUCGGCACAAGGAGAGCAAGAAUUCAAGAAUGAAGUCAUGCUAUUGGCGAAGCUUCAACACAGGAAUUUGGUUAGGCUUCAUGGUUUUAGCAUGGAACAGAGAGAAAGGGUUCUCAUCUAUGAGUUUCUGCCUAACUCAAGCCUUGACAAAUUUAUUUUCGAUCCAGUAAAGCGAUUACAACUAAACUGGGAGAAGAGGUACAAAAUCAUAGAGGGAAUAGCAAGGGGACUUCUUUAUCUUCAUGAAGAUUCUCAGUACCGAAUCGUCCAUCGGGACUUAAAAGCAGCCAACAUAUUGUUGGAUGAAGAGAUGAAUCCUAAAAUCUCAGAUUUUGGAAUGGCGAAAUUGUUUGUGGUGGAUCAAACUCAAACUGAUACGAGCAAAAUCGCCGGGACCUUUGGAUACAUGGCUCCAGAGUAUGCAUGCCAUGGUCAAUAUUCAGUUAAAUCUGAUGUUUAUGCCUUUGGAGUGUUGGUUUUGGAAAUCAUUACUGGUCAAAAAAUCAAUAGCUUCUCCAACGAAGCGGGAGAGUCUCUUCUAAUCCAUGCAUGGAGAAAUUGGAAUGAUGGAGCUGCUUUUGAAGUUGUAGAUCCGAUUCUGAGGGAUGGCUCGAGAAGCGAAAUAAUGAGAUGUAUCCAUCUCGGGUUGCUUUCCGUUCAAGAAAAUAUUUCUCAUAGACCGACCAUGGCCUCUGUGAUUCUCAUUCUUAGUAGCUAUUCCAUAUCUCUUCCGGUGCCAUCGAGACCUGCAUUCGUUAUGAAUUCCACCACGGUGACAGCAACAAUGUCCAAAUCUUCAUCAAUUUCUAAUCAAUCUAAAACUGAAGCCAUCCAAUUCUCAGUCAAUGAGGCUUCAAUUUCUGAACUAGAUCCUCGAUGAAGUUUACCCUGAUUAAACACCAUAGGCAUUGCUCAUGUUCAUAACAUGUUGCACUUGCAGCCAUCGCUAGAUCAUCAUCGUCCUUAACCUCCACAGGCAGUUGAAGCAACUCUUCUUUGUGAUUAUCUUAACACGUCCAUCCAUGUAACCUUAUAUUGAACUUUUUGUUUUGCUAGAUCAAGCAUGUUAUUUCAUGCAUGCUUGAUUUGAGAUGCAGAUGUUCCAGCUGCCAUAUUUUUUACUCAAAUCA